GGCGAUCUCCUUAGGAAGGAAGAGAACAGACCAACAACGUUGAAAAGCGAUUCCCCGUGUGUGCCCACCAACUUCGGACACCAGCACAGACACGGCCAGCCUAGGAGAAGGGAGAACGUGUUUACGCAUGCCAUUUCGGGACCAAAAAAAAAAAAGACUUUAUACCCAGUGCUGUGCUGAUAUUAGUUUUGAUACUUUUUUUAUCAACCUUAAUUUCUACUUAAGAUAACAGCUCGAGAGCGCGGACUUUUUUUGCACUCCUGAAGGCAAACGCGUUUUUUACAUCCUGUGCAGGAAACCUUGGGGUUCUGGAUUCAAGGAGCCUGAAGUUGCGCGACGGACUGUAAAUGACGGCAGAGGUUCAGCAACCAUUGCAGACUCCUGCACAGAGUAGCCCGAUGUCUGCUGCGCCGGAAAAACCGAACGGACAGACUUCAGUGAUGGAAACCGCCUCCUCUACAACUAAAACCAAGAAGACCAAUGCCGGAAUCCGGAGACCGGAGAAGCCUCCUUAUUCCUACAUAGCUCUGAUAGUCAUGGCCAUCCAGAGCUCCCCAACGAAGCGGCUGACGCUGAGUGAAAUCUACCAGUUUCUCCAAAGCCGCUUCCCGUUUUUCAGAGGCUCCUACCAGGGAUGGAAGAACUCCGUGCGUCACAACUUGUCCUUGAAUGAGUGCUUCAUCAAGCUGCCGAAGGGGCUCGGCAGGCCGGGGAAGGGACACUACUGGACUAUCGACCCCGCCAGCGAGUUCAUGUUCGAGGAGGGGUCGUUCCGCAGGAGGCCCAGAGGAUUUCGGCGAAAGUGCCAGGCGCUCAAGCCCAUGUACAGCAUGAUGAACAGCCUGGGCUUCAACCACAUCCCCGAGUCCUACAACUUUCAGGGCGCCGGGGGAGCGCUCGGCUGCCCCCCCAACAGCCUGUCUCUGGACAGCGGGAUCGGCAUGAUGAACGGGCACUUGGCGAGCAACGUGGAAGGGAUGGGUUUACCGGGACAUUCGGUGUCGCAUCUGUCUGCCAACACUGGACACUCCUACAUGGGGAGCUGCACGGGCUCGUCGGGGGCCGACUACCCCCACCACGACAACUCGGUGCCGGCCUCGCCGCUGCUCACCAGCGGGGGCGUGAUGGAGCCUCACUCCGUCUACUCCAGCGCUGCCUCGGCGUGGGCCCCCGCGGCUUCAGCUUCUUUAAAUAACGGCGCUUCCUAUAUCAAACAGCAGCCCCUGUCGCCUUGCAAUCCCGGAGCGAACCCCCUGCAGCCCAGUUUACCGACACACUCCCUAGACCAGUCGUACCUUCAUCAAAACGGCCACAGUACCACAGAACUGCAAGGCAUACCACGGUAUCACUCUCAGUCGCCCAGCGUGUGCGACAGAAAGGAGUUUGUCUUCUCUUUCAACGCCAUGACAUCGUCGGCGAUGCACUCGACUGGCGGUGGGUCCUACUAUCACCAGCAAAUGGCUUAUCAAGACAUCAAGCCCUGCGUAAUGUGACAGUGCCGGACAGCAGCUGCAGCCAAUCGGUCUGAACACUGCCAAAAGCCAGCACACUGCUUUGGAGACCGGAGGGGAGGUAAACACUAGGUCAGCGAGAGGAAAAUAAGGACUUGCAUAGGUUAAGCAUACCCCAGCAAUAAGAGUUCAACUAAUCGGCCAUAUUUCUGCACUUUGCAAGAUGCCGAGUUCACGGGAGUGCAGAACUCGAACAGUUGGUCUGUCUCAGGCUGGCCUCUUACAUGCCACACAAGGAGCCCGUUCAAGAAAGCAACAAAAACAGCUCCCAUUUACCUAAAAACUGAUUGCUGCGUGGGGAAAUCUUGGAACCGCUUCCGAUCACCGAAGUACAGUACGAAGAUUUCGUGAAUUCUGGAGACUUAACGUAUGACACUAUGGAGCGACAAGAUGUGAUUAAAUUUUAGAACUUGCGACCAACCUACAGAAAAGCGAAGCCAAGCCCGCCCCUCCCCCAUGAGGAAGGCUUCUGGUACUAAAUCUGCUGGCGGAAGACCCACCACUUUUAUACAUUAAUACACGCUACUUUAAAAAGCAAAAGACAAAAAGAGAUGAACAACUUUUUUUUCUUCAUUUUUACCCUUUGUUUCAGCCCAUUAGGUUGAUAAAACUCAAAGUUUUUAUGAUUUUUUUAAACGGGAGACUUUGUCCCCAGGAAUAUGAUAUAUAUGACAAUGAAAACGAUCUUUGACUUUAUCUUGAAAUACACGGACAUGCGAUUUUAAAGACAGCGGAGAAAUUAAGGCACUUUUAUAGCAAAGCGCAACCUCUUAUUUAUUCUGCGUAUACUUAACUGUAAAAACAUAGUCUCAGUAUUAAACGGUUUACUUUAUUGGCAAUAUUUGCCAUGAAGAACUUUUUUUAAAUAAUGCGAUGUAAGCAAGGUUUAAGGAUAAUCGGUAACUUAAUGACAGUUACGUUAUGUUUUAAUGUGUAUAUAUCCGUAUUGACUAUUGACACUCAUGUUAUUGUGUUCUGCACUGUAUAAAUUGUACAUGUUGUAAUGUCUUUUGUGUACGUUUCUGAUUGAACAAAACUCCUUAGUCUGUAAAUAGACACAAUAUUUGUUUUAUAAAACUAAAAUAUUGGCAUGCAGUUUGAGUGAAACUGUUAGAAACACCUAUAAACAUUUUUUUCAAAAUA